AUGUCAAAAAAUACAGAUAACAACAAACCAUCACCUAAAAAAGUAACUGAGAAAAGCACUCCAAUUGUAACGAAACCAGAGUCAGAUAAGACUGUCGAAAAAGCUUCCGACGACAGCGAAAUCGAUCUUCCUGAGGUGUAUAAAAGACACAAAGAGUUUUUAGCCAAACAUGUGGUUAACAGACACAAGUUAAAACAAGAAGAGUCCAACGAGCCAUUGCUUACACCAGACAAGACGCGUCAUACCAUAUAUCCGAUAAAGUAUCCCGAGUUAUGGCAGUUCUAUAAAAAGUCGUUAGCCUCAUUCUGGACUGCUGAAGAGCUUGACUUGAGUAAAGAUUUGGAUGAUUGGAAUAAUAAGAUGAACGAAAACGAAAGAUUCUUUAUCUCUCGAGUUUUGGCAUUCUUUGCUGCAUCGGAUGGUAUUGUUAAUGAGAACUUGGUGGAAAAUUUCUGUGCAGAAGUGCAAAUACCCGAGGCUAAACUGGUUUACAAGUUUCAGAUCAUGAUGGAAAACAUUCAUUCAGAGACUUAUUCGUUGUUAAUAGAAACAUAUUUCAAAGACCCCGAAGAAGCAGACUUUUUGUUUAAUGCUAUUGACAAUAUCCCAUUUAUAAGAAAAAAAGCCGAUUGGGCAAUCAGAUGGAUCCAGAGCGAGGAUGCUUUGUAUGCUGAGAGAUUGGUUGCAUUUGCUGCUGUUGAAGGUAUAUUUUUCAGUGGCUCGUUUGCAGCAAUUUUCUGGUUAAAGAAACGGGGUUUGAUGCCGGGGUUGACAUUUUCCAAUGAAUUAAUUUGUCGAGACGAAGGGAUUCACACAGAUUAUGCCUGUUUAUUAUUUUCAUAUUUAAAAAAUAAACCUUCUUCAGAAAUAAUUGAGAAAAUCAUCACCGAGGCUGUUGAUAUCGAGAAAGAAUAUUUCAGCGAUGCGCUUCCAGUAUCCUUAUUGGGAAUGAAUUGUGACUUGAUGUGCCAGUAUGUUGAAUUUGUUGCUGAUAGAUUACUAGUAGCUUUUGGAAAUAAAAAGUACUACAAUGUUACCAACCCAUUUGAUUUUAUGGAAAAUAUUUCCUUGGCUGGUAAAACUAAUUUCUUUGAAAAGAGAGUCUCUGAUUAUCAAAAGGCUGGUGUGAUGGAAAAAGUGGAAAAUAAGAAUGAGAAAACUGGAUUGUUUGAUCAAGAUUUCUAA